GACAUGAAUGUGAACGCGAUAUCCAACGCGUUUCUGUUGCUAUCUCUCUACUCGACUGUUGCAUCGGCAAACCGAACGUCGUUUUACACGCAGGAAGUGUACUGUCUGAGCGAACUGCCGAUGAGCAAACUGAUUCAAAUAAAGUCUUCUCUCGCGGACGAGGCAGAUGUUGCGAAGGAAGACGUGCAAACGGAGGGAAUGUCAAGCAGAACGUUUUCUUCGUUAUCGUCGCCUGUUGCACAGCCGUUGAAAAGAACGAGCAGAAAGCCAAUGAGACGAUACGAGGACUAUCACGAGGAAAAGGGCAAGGACACGAAAAUUUCGAAGAUAUUCCAAUUGUCGGUCACGGCGCUUUCGUUCCUCGCUUUCGGCGGUUAUCUGCUCACUCUUAUAAUAACGGCAAUGCGUCAAAACGGUGGAAACGCGGGCAACGGAAACGUUAUAGUGUUCUCAAAUCUGCAGGGUUUGCAGAGCUACGUUCGUCCAAAAAGAGACGUCGAUCCGUCAGAGGACGAGGUUGAGAAGUUGUACCACGGAAUGAUCCUGCUGUCCAGAUCUUACGCAAUGUACAAUUAAUGGACGAGUAAAUAAGAAUUUACGCUCUUUGGGUACCGCUGAACUUUCUCUGGUAAUAAAAUCUCAGACGUUAGAAAAUUUAAUCUUUUUAUGUUGGAGGGACAGGUCUGUUGAUUGAACACGAGAUUACGAGAGGGGGAAAUUUGCGAUCGCGAUCUCGGCGAACUCAAUUAGGGAUUCGCUUAUCUCUGAUUCGCCGGACUCUUGAAAAUCCUAAAACCUAAUAAAAUCGAAUAGAGGAUCACGGUGUGUACAUAUCCCGAAGAAUAUUCUUAGCAUGUGGGUAGAGGCUGCUUCAAACAUGGCUCUUCAAAUAAACACCUAAGUGACUGUAUACUCCGAAAGUCUGCCUGCAAAGAUAACCAUAUGGCUUCCAGAGAUAUCAUCGGCCAUACGUCUCUAUGCUAUUAUUCCACGGACAUGUAUAACUCGAAUAGCAUACCUAUUUUUAUUUCCCGGAAUCUUUAUUCCAUCGCUGUUUCCUCCUAAUCGACGAAGAUUACCAAUUACGUUUAAGACGUUUCUACCCGUGGCUGUUCGACGUAAUCGAAUUUAUUCAAUGGCAGCGGUAGCAGUUGUUUAGUAGAAUAUAUAAAAAAAAUAUAUAUAUAAUUUCUAUCGAAAGACGAUCAUAAAGAAUUGUAAUCUGUAUAAUAAAUGACAUCCGA